CCGUUUCGCCAGAGGAGAACGCGAAACUGCCCUUACCGGAAUAGAAAACCGGAAAUGCCACUGGAACCUCCGCCUUUCCAAGAGGCAGCUCGCUGCGACGUUUGCAAAUGCAGCUUCAACACUUUCCGGCGCCGGCAUCAUUGCCGAUGUUGUGGGAGGACAUUAUGCCAUGAACAUUCUUCAAAUCAAAUGGCUUUACCAGAAUUUGGGAUAUACUCGCCUGUUAGAGUUUGUGCUGAUUGUUUCAACAACUCUUCCCGAUCUGGGAAGACUGAUCCACAGGCUUUUUUAGAUGGAGUUGAAUCUGUAACAGAUAACAUCUCUAGAUUAGACAUUGGUGCUGAUACUGAUUUAAAAACUGAACCAGUUACACAGCCCCAACCUGCUACAGGCAUUCCAGAUUGCAAAUGUGGUAUGCCUUUAUGCAUUUGUGAAGCUUCAGCACCAGUACCAUCUAUAGAUGCAGCAAUGCUUCAGACAAAGCCCACUUCAUCACUUACAGCUUCGUCAUCUCCAAAACCAAAAAAGGCGGACACUGUUCCAAGGAGUAGAGGCUCUACUUCAAACAGCAAAUCUAGCUCAAUUUUUAAUCCUGGCCCUGUGAUCAAUGGCAACAAAGAUAAAUCUCAAGUGGACUAUGAAGUUAAUGGGGAGGGUUUAAGAGAAGCUAUAAAGAAUGGCGAUACAGGUGCAGCCAAGAGGCUUCUGAGUGAGGGUGUUGAUGCAAAUUACCAUGACAAACAAGGAUUAUCUUUACUACAUCUGGCGGCAUUAUUUAAUCAAACCGAUAUAGCCUUUGCCCUCAUGGAACGUGGAGCAAGUGUGGAAUAUAAAAAUGCACAAGGGGAAACACCACUUGAUUGUGCUCCAGCCACUCUGCAAUACAAGAUGCGAAUGAAAUUAAAUGAGAGCAAGCAGCAGGGCCUAGAGCAGAGUGUCUGAUAGAAAAAUACACCUUUUUGGACCCUUGACCUGCAAGACUACAAGCUUUGAGUUCCCCUUGAGAAUUUCUUUCAUUGAAGUGUUGGUCCUACCGGAUGAGGUUGUAUUUUAUGGAGUAUUGUACCAAUAGAAAAGCUGCAGCACAUGGAGGUUUGAUCAUGGUGCCUUUUUAAAAGCAAUAAAAGUUUCUAUUUUAUGUCUGUUUCAGAGAAGCUUUAAUGUGUCCAUCACACGUAUUCUUAUAAACAUGUUUUGGUAAGCCCUGAAAUAAGUUUAAAGAUGAUUGCAGUGUUCUCUCUCUUUUUCUUUUCUUUUUUUUUUAUUUUUCUGAACAAAGGCAAUUAUCUAUUACUAUCAUUACAUAUUUUUAAUAGGGCGUGAGGGAAGGAGAGCUGGGGUCGAACACAGUACUCCCCAAUGAUAUUCUCACUUAUGGAACAAAGUGUUACCACCCUGCCCAUCACGCGAAGGAGGAUGAUUGCAGUGUUCUUGUUUGUUUGCAUAGAUAAAGGCCAAACUAUUUGGUUAAUCCUAAUAGGAUUGCCUUGGCUGCUUUUGUUGGUCUACUCAUCAUGAUGUUUGAUUGUUUUCUUAAAGAUAUUACAGCCUUUUCAGCCACCUACUACUUUGACUGAUGGUCUGAGGACCUGCAUAUGCACAUGCUAAAUAUAACAACAGCCAUCGC